AUGCCCUUUGCCCAGCUGGUCAUUGGCCCCCCGGGCGCCGGCAAGUCUACCUACUGCAAUGGCAUGCACCAGUUCUUGGGCGCCAUCGGCCGCAAAUGCUCCAUCGUCAACCUGGACCCCGCCAACGACAAGACCUCGUACCCGUGUGCGCUGGACGUGCGCGACUUGGUGACGCUGGAGGAGAUUAUGGAUCAGGAUAAACUGGGUCCGAAUGGGGCGACGCUGUAUGCGCUGGAAGAGCUGGAGGAGAACUUUGAGUGGCUUGAGGAGGGAUUGAAAGAGCUGGGGGGUAUGUUGUAUCUCACCCCACACAAGAAUGAACCUGACGAGGGAUUAGAGGAUUAUGUCCUGUUUGACUGUCCCGGUCAAGUCGAGCUAUUCACGCACCACCCCUCCCUGCGGAAUAUCUUCUUUCGAAUCCAGAAAUUGGGGUAUCGACUAAUUGUCAUCCACCUCGUCGACUCCUACGCCCUCACCCUCCCCUCAAUGUACAUCUCCACCCUCCUCCUAUCCCUCCGAGCCAUGCUGCAACUCGACCUACCCCAUCUCAACGUCCUCACCAAAAUUGACAACCUCUCCAACUACGCCCCCCUUCCCUUCAAUCUAGACUUUUACACCGAAGUCCAAGACCUGAAUUACCUAUUACCCUACCUAGAAGCCGAGUCCCCGCGCCUAUCGAACGAUAAGUUCGGAGCGCUGAAUUCCGCGAUUGUGGAAUUGGUCGAGGAGUUCGCGCUCGUUGCUUUCGAGACGCUGGCCGUCGAGGAUAAAAAGAGUAUGAUGAAUUUGUUACAAGCGAUUGAUCGUGCCUCGGGGUAUGCGUUUGGGCCGGCGGAGGGUGCGAAUGAUACGGUCUGGCAGGUUGCUGUUCGCGAGGGAUUGGGGAGUAUGGAUGUAAGGGAUGUGCAGGAGAGAUGGAUUGACUCGAAGGAUGAAUAUGAUGAGAUUGAGCGGAGGGAAUUGGAAGAGGAGGCGAGGGCGAGAGAAGCUGCUAGCCGGGCUGCGGAGGGGAAUUUUGACGGUGAGGAGGAGGAUGGGGAGGACGAGAUGGAUGAUUGGAAGGGCUCGCUGCCAUAUAGUGGAGUGAAAGUCCAGCGCAAGUCAUGA